UUCACUUAUCUUCAGUGACUGGAGGGUAGAGCAGAGUGUACAAUCUUCUCUUCAAUCUCACUGUGAAGCAUGGGGAGACUAAUGCUCUUGGUAGCGCUCUGUGUGCUCCCGGCGCUCGUUAGCGCGGGCCGCCCUGUUUCGCAGCCGUUCGUGCUACAAGGUCGGGUCUAUUGCGACACCUGCCGUGCCGGUUUCGAGACCUCCGCCACCACCUACAUUGCCGGUGCCAAGGUCAGAGUGGAAUGCAAGGACAGGAACUCUAUGCAACUACUAUACAGCAUUGAGGGGAUAACAGACUCAACAGGAACUUACAAGAUCAUGGUCACAGAAGACCAUGAGGAUCAGCUUUGUGAUGCUGUGCUUGUUAGCAGCCCCCAGAGUGAUUGUGCAUCAGUUGACCCAGGACGUGACCGUGCUGCUGUGAUCCUCACCCGUUACAAUGGGAUUGUGUCAGACAACCGCUACGCCAAUUCAAUGGGCUUCUUGAAGGAUCACCCAAUGUCUGAGUGCACCCAACUUCUCCAGCAAUACCAGGAAUUCGAAGAUUAGAGUAUGUUUUUUAGUUCUUGUUGUGGGUCUGAUCGAUUAGGCUUGCCGGACCAUUUCUUUUACCUGUCAUAUGAUAUAUGUAUGGUUUUAUCAAGUUAUCUUAAGUGUUUGGAUGACUCUGGUGGUGUUCCUUUGCUGAAGGACCCCGUUAAAAUUAUAUUACUUGCUGUCACUUUUGGCACUAGUGUGUUGCAUUGCCCCUUU